AUGAAAAAAUCGCCAUUGUUUAUUUAUACUACAAGAAUGGGAGCAUACUAUCAUUUAACUCCAUUUAAUUAAUAAUCACUUAAUCUUGAUACAUGUUUAAUAAGUGCAGGUGAUUUUUUUCAUAUGGAAAAUACACUAAACAAACUACAAUCAGAAACCAAUAUAAGUUUUCGUCAAUAUAUCAAUCAAGAAAAUAAAACCUUAUAUAUGACUUCAAUUGAUUCUUAUAAAAUAAAAUGUGUUGAAGGAUAAUCAAAUUAAGAUGGAGUUAAAAUAUCUUAAUUAGAAGGAAUCAAACCAAUAACAAAUUAACAAUAUAAUAAAUUGGCUAGAUUAAUUAAUCCAGAAAUUUUGGUCUCUUUAACUGAAUAACCAGGAAUGGAAGCAGGUCAAAAAUCUAUGAAGAGAUCUUAUUAAAAAUCAGCUAAAUUUUUAAAAGAAAGUUUGGAUGAAUUAAAAGACACAUAAAUUAGUAUUUAUGGGGCCAUUUAAGGAGGUUUAGAUACUGAUUUAAAAAUAAUUGCUGCAGAAGAAUAAAAAUUUGCAAUUGAUUAUCCAAAUUUUAGAGGUUUUACUCUUUAUGGAUUCAAUAAAGGUAGUUCAUGGUAAGAUAAAGAGGAUGCUUUAUCUGUAUUAUAAUCAAUAUAUGAUGGAUAUAAUUUAUCAUAUAUUUUAGCAGGAUAUGGAGAUAUAUUAUCUAUUCUUUGGGGUAUGAGUUGGGGAAUAGAAGGUUUUGAAGUUGAAGAACCUUUUCGAUUUGCAUAAGAUCUUAAAGUAAUUUUAAUACCAAAUUUUGAUGCAAAAGAUAAUGAUAUUGAAUAAUUUUCUGGUGAUAAAAUAAAUUUUUAUGAAUUGGAAGGAAAAAAAAUAAAAUAUAUGAAUUUCCCUAUCAAUUCAGAUGUUAAAGAAAAUGUAUAUUUAUAUAUGUAUUUAUUAUAGGUACCAUUAAAUCCAGAUUGUUAAUGUUUUGCUUGUAAAAAUCAUACAAAAUUAUAUAUAUCUCAUCUUGUUGAAUGUAAAGAGAUGAAUGCUUAAGUAUUAUUAACAAUUCAUAAUACACAUCAAUAUUAAAAACUUUAAUAGAAAUUAUAAGAGAUGUAAAAUUAAAAGUAAUUGAAUCAAUGGAUUAGAUGGUUUUUAUAAUAACUGUGA